GCUCAAUCGAUUAAUAAUAUUAACAAAACAAAACAAAUAAAAUCUGUGAAAUGGAUGAAGUUUGUCGAUUUUGUACAAUGUACGCGGACACUCUUCAGCAUAUAUUUGCUGUUCGUGAUCAGUUGGACAAUGAACCUCCGCUCAUACAUAUGCUGGAAAGCUGUACAGACUGUGAAAUCAAUGCAUCCGAUGCAUUACCCCAAAACAUAUGUGAAAACUGUGUAUUAGCUGUUAAAAGUGCAUAUCAAUUUAAGCUGAAAUGCGAAGAAAGCCAAAACUAUUUCAAGGAUCUUCUUGGUCAAACCGACCGCAAACCUGACAUCAAUGAACUCACCACAGGCAGCUGGUGUAUGACAGACAGCGCCAUAGGCGAAGUGCACUUAAAAUCAGAUGUAGACCAAACAUUGGAAGUUCAGUUCAAAGCGGAGACCGAUGACAGCCUAGAGAGCAGUGGAGAGAGAACAGUAGAAAACAGCUGGUGUGUGCCAGAAAGCGCCAUAGGCGAAGUGCACUUAAAAUCAGAUGUAGACCAAACAUUGGAAGUUCAGUUCAAAGCGGAGACCGAUGACAGCCUAGAGAGCAGUGGAGAGAGAACAGUAGAAAACAGCUGGUGUGUGCCAGAAAGCGCCAUAGGCGAAGUGCACUUAAAAUCAGAUGUGGGCCAAACAUUAGAAGUUCAUCUCAAAGCGGAGUCCGAUGACAGCGAUAGCUCAGAAAAUAGUGGAGAAAGAAUAGUGGAAAGAAAAUGCUACCCAAAGCGUCAAUCCAAUCACAAAAAACGCUCCAUUUUUUGUGCCAUUUGCUGCAGAUGGUUUCCCACAGAUCACGACUACAGACUCCACAAACGCACGCACGCCGAGCAGCUGCCACACAGCGGCUACAGACACUACAAACUCACGCACUCCGAGGAGCUGCCAUAUAGAUGUACUUCCUGCCCUCUCAGAUUUUGGACCAUUCAGAAACUAAGGAAACAUUUGGUGACGCACAUGGGCGAACGACUCCACAAGUGUCCACAUUGCCCCAAGGCAUUUACACAUUUGUGUCUGCUCAAGAAGCACAGUUAUGCUCAUAAUGAGGACCGCCCAUUUCAAUGCCCAUAUUGCCCAAAGACGUUUAAGCGCAACCACGAUGUGACCAAACACAGUAUCGUGCACACCGGACUAAAGCUUUAUCAGUGUUCGGAAUGCAACAAGAGCUUUGGCAGAAUAUACGAUUUGCGAGUGCAUGCCGAUCAUCUGCAUUCUUCAAAGCAGGUGUACAUGUGCUCCAAGUGCCGAAAGACGUUUGCCAAGUCGAACAUGCUAUCGCGACAUGUGAAAUUCUGCACGGAAACUGGUCAAACGGGGACGUAAACAAAACAACGAAUCCAAUUAACUCGAAUUAAAGCCAAAACAGCUGUGUGGAAACAGCUUUAAUCGAUAUACGUGUCGUCACACUGCGUUCGAUAACUCACAACUUAUAAAUAUAAGUUAUCGAUAAAUACAUUGGGAAUAUCUUCUAACAGCUAUUUGAAUAUGCAAUAUUAGAAUUCAA